AUGAAGUUUGUGAUAAUUUUCGCUGCCUUCGUGGCCGUUGCUUCCGCCCAAUUCUUCUCUGGUGCUGCACGCAGACCACCAUCACCGCCUCCUCAGCCACCCCGACCCGCAAGCCCGAGUCGGUCAUCUUCAAGUGACCAAACAGCCAACAUCAUCCGUUACGACAAUGACGUAAACCCAGAUGGUUCUUACAGUUACGCCGUCGAAACUGACAACGGCAUCGCUGCUCAGGCUCAAGGCACCCCUCGUGACUUUGGUGGUAACCCACCAAUCGUCCCCGUAGUUGCUCAGGGCUCUUACUCUUGGGUUUCCCCUGAGGGAGAACAGAUCGCUAUCAGCUACGUCGCCGAUGAAAAUGGCUACCAGCCACAGGGCAACGCUAUCCCCACUCCCCCACCAGUUCCAGCACAAAUCGCUCGUGCUCUCGAGUACAUCGCAAAAAACGCACCACGGAAGUAAAGAGUGUCUAUAAAAGCCUAGUUAGGUCUAUAUAUUAAAUGUAUCUGAAUACCUGUACCUAAAUGUGAUUUAUAGAUUAGCAAUUA